AGGACGACACAUUGCCCUUGACAAUGUUUGUAUGGCGAGUUGAUGGCUGGGGUUGAUUAAGCCGGCUCUUUUGGAGUGGUUCGGUGCGAGGGGAAUGGUGCUCUUUGUUGCCAGGAACAUCCAACUUAAUGUUCGCUCGGAUUACAGCCCAUUCCAUUUAGAAUCAUCGCAAAAUGUCUGGUGAAAAGGCAACCACACAAAGUGAAGAUAUGCCCAAUAGAUCAUCCAACCAAAUGAAGCAACAUAUAGUAGUGGCUACUCCUGAAGAACUGGUAAAACGGCUGGGAGGCAACAAAGCUAUCAACAGGAUACUGAUCGCCAACAAUGGCAUCGCUGCCGUCAAGUGCAUGCGAUCCAUACGACGCUGGGCGUACGUAGAUGUUCCGCAACGAGAAGCCAACGCUGAGUACAGUCCGCAUGGCCGACCACUACGUGCCGGUGCCGGGGGGCACCAACAUAACAACUACGCCAACGUCGAGUUGAUCGUCGACAUCGCCAAGCGGAUGUCGGUGCAGGCGGUGUGGGCCGGCUGGGGCCACGCCUCGGAGAACCCGAAGCUGCCCGAGCUGCUGCACAAGAACAACAUCGUUUUCAUCGGGCCGCCGGAGAAGGCCAUGUGGGCGCUGGGUGACAAGAUCGCCUCCAGCAUCGUGGCGCAGACGGCCGACAUUCCGACGAUGCCCUGGUCCGGCUCCGGUCUGAAGGCGCAGUGGAGCGAGAAGACGAAGGCCAGCUCGCUGCGCAUCUCGUCCGAGCUCUACAAGGCCGGCUGCGUGGCCAGCGAGGAUCAGGGCCUCGAGGCCGCCCGUCGCAUCGGUUUUCCGGUCAUGAUCAAGGCGUCCGAGGGCGGCGGCGGCAAGGGUAUCCGUAAGGUGGAGUCCGAGGACCAGUUCUUCAACCAGUACCGCCAGGUGCGCACGGAGGUGCCGGGGUCUCCGAUUUUCGUGAUGAAGAUGGCGACGCGCGCGCGCCACCUGGAGGUGCAGCUGCUGGCGGACCAGUACGGCACGGCUAUCUCGCUGUUCGGCCGCGACUGCUCCAUCCAGCGGCGACACCAGAAGAUCAUUGAGGAGGCGCCCUGUAUCAUCGCCGAACCGGACGUUCGAGCGCAUGGAGCAGGUCGGGCCGCCGUGCGACUGGCCAAGAUGGUGGGCUACGUGAGUGCCGGCACCGUCGAGUAUCUGUUCGACGAGCACGGCCACUUCUACUUCCUCGAGCUGAACCCGCGCCUGCAGGUGGAGCAUCCCUGCACGGAGAUGAUCACUGACAUCAACCUACCGGCCGGCCAGCUGCAGGUGAAAGACUGCCCGGUCCGUGAGGACGCUCGGCUUCGGGACGAGGCCCGCCGUGCGCGUGAGGACAGUCGGCCACGGCGCGCCGAGGACGAGGACCGGCGCCGACGCGAGGACCGGCGCCGCGAGCGCGAGGGCGAGCGGAAACGGCAUCGGCCUGACGAGGAUGGCGGCGGUGAGAGGACGCGCGCGCGGCGCGAGGACGGCGACAGUGAGAGGACGCGGGCACGACGAGAUGAGGACGGCGGCGGUGAGAGGACGCGGGCGCGACGAGAAGAGGACGGCGGCGGUGAGAGGACACGUGCGCGGCGCGAGGAGGCGUCGGCCGGGCGGCGCCGGGAGCAGGUGCGCCGGGUGCGGCCCCGAGCCGGCCCGGACCCGGCCAGCCGGGAGCUGACGGCUGCAGAUCUGGUGUCCGACUCGGCCAUAUCGGAGCGGGACAAGCGGUUCGAAGAGGAGGAGCGGCAGCUGCGCGAGAAGCGCGAGAUGAUCCGGCUGGCGCUGGACGACGAGAAGAAGAUCUGGACGCGCUCAUCGCCGGCCGACCCGUACUACCAGCGCCACCCCCAGGACACGCACGUCAUGGUGGCCACGGAGCGCACGCGCGCCCAGUGCGGCCGCUUCCGCACCGAACUGGCGGAGCGGGCGGCCCUCACGCCGCCCGGCAGCCGCUGUCGCCUGCACAACUGCGGUGGCAGCGAGAGCGACGAGACGUCCAGCGACUCGGAGAGCGAGGACGAGACGGUGCUGCUGAAUGAGGAGCUCGAGCGCAAGAGCCGGCACCCGUACCGCCUGCACCCGGAGCUCUGGUACAACGACCCCGGAAAGAUGAACGUGGGUGACGUGUGCCGGUGCAGCAUCAAGUCGCGCCAGGCCGGCAUCCGACACAACAUCUACGCCGGCGAGGAGGCGGUGCCGCGCUGCGACCCCUGGACCAACAACGCCGACCGCCUCUUUCACUACCGCGUGCUCAUCUGUCCCCCGACCAACUUCCUGGUCAGCAGCCCGACCAGCAUCCAGCACGACGGGCACGAGUUCAUCUUCGAGGGCCUCUCGCUGCUGUCGCACUACCGGCUGACCGAGCUGCCGCCCUGCCACAUCAUCCGCUUCAACAUCGAGUACACGGUGCUGUACAUCGAGGAGAAGCUGCCCGACAACUUUGUGCUGGAGGAGGUGGAGCUUUUCAAGAGUUUCCUGUACGACAGUCUGCUGGAGAUGGUCGACCUGGACCUGUUCCCGCACGCUGACGCCGACAAGCAGGGCUGCCCUGUGUUCCACCUGUUCCCCAGAUUCGUUCGCGACAUCGCCGACAACGGCAAGGAGAUUUUGUCGCUGAACGAGGUGCUGGCGUACCUGCUGCGGAGCGACGGCCCCCUGGUGGCCGACGACGAGCUGGCGGCCGUGGCAGCGCUGCCGCUGUGGGAGUGGCAGGCGCGCGCCGACAAGGUCCGAGGGAUGCUGGUGACGCACCCGGGCCGCAAGCCGAGCUGCAUCCGGCUGGACCAGCUGGACCGCGAGGUGCUGCCCGGCGGCGAGCAGCCGGCCGAGGGCGAGCUGCACCACCCGGAGAUCGUGCACUUCGGCAUCCGGCCCCCGCAGCUCAGCUACGCCGGCAACCCAGAGUAUCAGAAAGCGUGGCGCGAGUACGUCAAGUACCGCCACCUGCUGGCCAACCUGCCCAAGCCGUCGAUGGAGGACAAGCGCAAGCUGAUGGCCAAGGAGUCGCAGCUGCAGAACUUGCGGCUGCAGGCGAAGCUGAAGCGGGACGUCACCGUGUCCGUGUCGAGCCGGGGAUUCCGCAAGACCGGCCUCAUGGCGGACGUGGUGCAGCACGCGCUGUUCCUUCCGGUGCUGGUGUGCCACCUGCGAUUCCACAAGUCGCUGGACGUGCUGGAGGAGACCAUCGACUACCGGUUCAAGAACCGCUGGCUGCUCCAGCUGGCGCUGACCCACCCCAGCUACAGGGAGAACCACGGUACUAACCCGGACCACUCGCGCAACUCGCUCUCCAACUGCGGCAUCCGGCAGCCCGAAUACGGAGACCGCUGCAUCAACUACACCGCCUCGCGCAAACGCGGUCUGAACAUCCUCAUCAACAUCAUGUCGCAGUUCGGCAAGAAGGAGGCUACCGAGAGUCGCAUCACCCACAACGAGCGGCUCGAGUUCCUCGGCGACGCCGUCGUCGAGUUCCUCACCUCCAUCCACCUCUUCUUUAUGUUUCCGAACCUAGAGGAGGGCGGUCUGGCCACCUACAGGGCAGCCAUCGUGCAGAACCAGCACCUGGCCGUGCUGGCGCGCCACCUGCGGCUGCACGAGUACCUGCUGUACGCGCACGGCUCCGACCUUUGCCACGACCUCGAGCUCCGGCACGCCAUGGCCAACUGUUUCGAGGCGCUGAUGGGCGCACUCUUCCUCGACGCCGGCAUAGAGGUGGCCGACAAGGUCUUCUCCCGCACGCUGUACGUGGACGACGACCGGCUGCUGGCCAUAUGGCAGCACUACCCGCCGCACCCGCUGCAGGAGCAGGAGCCGCGCGGAGACCGCAAGUGGAUCGACAAGUUCCCACGGCUUCAGCAAAUGCGCGAGUUCGAGAAGCUGGUGGGUGUCGAGUUCAUGCACAUCCGCCUGCUGGCGCGCUCCUUCACCGACCGCAGCAUCGGCUUCAACAACCUCACGCUGGGCUCCAACCAGCGGCUGGAGUUUCUCGGCGACACCGUGCUCCAGCUUAUCGCUUCGGAGUACCUGUACCGCCACUUCCCCGAGCACCACGAGGGGCACCUGUCGCUGCUGCGCUCCUCUUUGGUCAACAACCGAACACAGGCGGUGGUGUGCACGGACCUGGGCAUGACGGAGUUCGCCGCGUACAGCCACCUCAAAACCGAGAUCAAGAUGAAGGACAAGGCCGAUCUGUUGGAGGCCUUCAUCGGCGCGCUCUAUGUGGAUAAAGGCCUCGAGUUCUGCCGAAAGUUCUGCGAGGUCUGCUUCUUCCCGCGCCUGCAGCUGUUCAUCCUAAACCAGGACUGGAACGACCCCAAGUCGAAGCUACAGCAGUGCUGCCUCACGCUGCGAAACAUGGACGGCUCGGAGCCGGACAUCCCCGUGUACAAGGUGAUCGAGUGCAUGGGCCCGACCAACACGCGCGUCUACUCGGUGGCCGUGUACUUCCAAGGCAAGCGGCUGGCCAAGGCGUCCGGCCACAGCAUCCAGAUGGCCGAGAUGAACGCUGCUACCAUGGCGCUGGCCAACUGCAAACACCUGUUCCCGCAGCUGGACCACCAGAACCGUGUCAUCGCCAAGAGCAUUCGUAUCCAGACUAAGCGGCUGGAGGAGCAGCUGGCUGACGGCUGCGGCGCCGCUGCCGCCAGCUCCAGCUCCAGCUCCGUGCCGCGCGAGUAGGGCUCGCGCCUUGCCCUUGGCGCCCGGACGGUUGUGGCACCGGCGGCGGUGUCCGGCCAGCUCUCGGGGUGUGGUCUGUGUGGGACCGGUCUGGUCCGGGUCUGGUCCGAGUCUGGUCCGCGCAGGACUGCGUGUGGCUCCUUCUGGUCGUAGGCCAGGUCUGAGCCUCCUCAAACGGGCAUGGACCAAACCGUGCGGUCAUGUGAUCCACUGGUGCCCUUCGGCCGCACCGGGGCGGCCCGGUCGUGAUCGGACCUCGUGUGUAUAGGGGGAAGGGGGCGACCGGCCGCUAACAGAGGGCUCACACACACAGCACCGCUGCAGCGCCUGGGGCCGUGCCGCAGGGCCUGCUGUUCUGCGACUGUGCCGCAGGGCUUGCUGUCCUGCGACCGUGCCGCAGCACCUGCUAUUCUGCGACUGUGCCGCAGAGCUUUCUGUCCUGCGACCGUGCCACAGGGCCUGCUGUCCUGCGACUGUGCCGCAGGGCCUGCUGUCCUGCGACCGUGCCGCAGGGCCUGCUGUCCUGCGACUGUGCCACAGGGCCUGCUGUCCUGCGACCGUGCCGCAGGGCCUGCUGUCCUGCGACCGUGCCGCAGGGCCUGCUGUCCUUGCGACCGUGCCGCAGGGCCUACUGUCCUGCGACCGUGCCACAGGGCCUGCUGUCCUGCGACCGUGCCACAGGGCCUGCUGUCCUGCGACCGUGCCACAGGGCCUGCUGUCCUGCGACCGUGCCAGAGGGCCGCGCUGUUGUUCAGUCCUGGGCACGUGCCGUGCCCGCUGUGGAGGCUCUGAAGUGAAUGACAGCCGCGAUCAGCGCCUUCGACAGUGACGCCCGCCUCGGUUCGCGAAUGUCAGCUGUGGCGGCCGACCGCGAGGGGCUCAGCCCCGGCAACACGUAUUUGCCGGUCGCUCCGAAUGAGUCUGUCAAGUGCAUAGGGCAUUUUGUAUCAUCGUUGACGUCAGCAUGUCUGCUCCCGCCAUUUUGUAUCACCAGUGUACAGGAUGGGCCUUGCGCAAGGCUUGUGUUCCAUCAUAUCGCUUGUAGUUACACGAAUCGACGUGAGGCGAGAAUGGAGCCUUGGACCAUA